AUUUUCAAUUAAGAUGUGAAUAAACUUUAAACCCUUGUUGGAAAAGUGAGUCUCUUAUUCCAAAUGGGUUGUCAAAAUUUUGAUAAUAUGAUUGUAUAUAUAUAGUGUAUUUUUUAAUGCUAUAAUUUACUAAUAUGUAGUAUCAUAUUCAGAUUUGGAUAUGCAUAGAUUCAUCCAUAUAUAGACAGACUUGACGGUUUGCCUUAACAACUCAACAAUUAUUUCCUUUCUUAGUUUUCAGCUUCUUUGCAUCCCUGAAAAUUCUCUUUCAAAUCUUAAAUAUUUCAGCUGUUUUCUAGUCUGACUCUGAAUUUUCUUAAAGAUCCUUUCUGGGUUUUCUUUGUUCUUUGUUCAAAGGCAAAUAUAAAAGCAAAAAACCAUGGUUCAGAGAAGUUCUUGCAUACGCAAUCUGGUUCAAUCCUUAUGGGCUGCUUCUUUUCCAUCCAAGAUCUUUAUAUGGGUGAAUAAGUUUGACUUCAAUCCUAGGAUGUAAACGAUAAGUUGGGGCUGAGAAGUGCAAGUAAUUCCAUGAAACAGAGCAACAGCCUUUUCUCCUGCAAAAUUCUGCUAAAACACGGUUGCAAGCCCCGUCAAGUUUUAUCAAUUAUUCAUGUUUUUUAAUUACAUGUCGUAUGGGGGAAAAACUUUGAUGAAGAUGGUUCUUGAAUUUCUUAAUUAAAAGUAAUUAUAUAAAAAUGAAAAUUAAAAAUCAAAAGUGAUAAAUUAAAAAUUUUUGUUUAGCUACAAAGUCCAUGCAUCUGUUAUUAACUCAAAAAAACUGUUUUUGGUUUGUAAAAUUAUAUAUAUAAAAAAAAACACAUGAGAGUUGCCUUUCAUAAUGUUUCUAACAUUGUCAGAGCUCUGGCAAAUCUAGUCAACUUUGAUACUUGUACAAGAAUUUUUAUACUUUGUUUUUCUUAUCCUUUGCUGGAAUAUGAAUAUACGAUGGAGCCAAAUGCACGCCAUGUGAAAUUAUGGAUAGAAGAUUGUGUUGUUCAGACGCUGAGGAACAUGGGAUGGUGACAAUGAGUACGCUGAUGUGGAUUUAGAUAAACUUGGAUUUGGUUUGACACCAGUUGAUUUUAUGUGCAUCAUGAGAUGUUCCAAAGAGGAAAAUUUUAAAGAAGGACGACUUACUCGCUUUGGUAAUAUCGAAAUAAGUCCUUCGGCAGGAGUCUUAAAUUAUGGACAGGGCUUAUAUGAAGGCACAAAGGCUAACCGGACAGCAAGUGGGCGAAUUCUUUUAUUCCGUCCAGAGCAAAAUGCAACUCGGAUGAAGCAUGGGGCUGAAAGAAUGUGCAUGCCAUCGCCUUCCAUUGAACAAUUUGUUGAUGCAGUGAAAGAAAUUGUAUUUGCUAACAAGCGUUGGAUUCCACCUCCAGGAAAAGGGUCAUUGUAUGUUAGGCCUCUGCUUUUGGGAAGUGGUCCUAUAUUGGGUUUGGCACCGGCCCCGGAAUAUACUUUUCUUAUUUAUGCUUCCCCUGUCCACAACUAUUUCAAGGAGGGUACUGCACCUUUGAACUUAUAUAUUGAUGAAAAUUUUGUUCGGGCUUCUCCAGGAGGAGCAGGAGGGGUGAAGACAAUCACAAACUACGCUCCGGUUCUGAAGGCAAUAGCCAGAGCAAAAAACAGAGGAUUUUCUGAUGUCCUGUACCUUGAUGCCCUGCAUAGGAAGUAUCUGAAGGAAGUUUCCUCUUGUAAUAUUUUCAUUGUGAAGGGAAAUCUUAUUUCAACUCCUGCUGCAAAUGGAACUAUUCUUGAAGGGGUAACUCGAAAAAGUAUCAUUGAGACCGCUAGGGAUCAUGGCUACCAGGUUGAGGAACGGCCAAUUCUAGUAGAUGAAUUGGUUGAUACUGAUGAAGUUUUUUGCACCGGAACAGCUGUUGGAGUUGCUCCAGUCGCUAGCAUUACACAUCAGAACAGAAGAAUUGAAUUCAAAUCAGAGGGUAGGUUGGUCAGCCAAGAACUGUGCUCGACUCUCGUGGGACUGCAAACUGGUCGCAUUGAGGAUACAAAGGGAUGGACGGUCGAGGUCCAUUAAGCUCUUGAAUGCUUACAACGUAGCAACUAUGAUUUGCUGUAUUAUGAACAGUUUGUAAAUUCCUAUCCCAUUUCUCAUGGAAUAGGUUAAAUGUACCUUUGGGCGGAAAUCUCCAGUUCUUGUAAAGAUUAAAGAACUAAAUUCAAUUAAGAAUUUGGUAGCAAUAAUUUGUAUAAAGACUAAAAAAAUUUGUUGAAUGUCAUCAGACGACAACGGCAUAUUUCUUUCCUUUGGUCAAGGAA